UGUACUUACAAAUCAAAAAUAGGCCGGCAAUUAGAGUGACAGUCAAAGCCGGCUUCCGUCUAUCUACCUCACUAUAAUUAGCAAUCAAAAGCUAGUUAAUUUUCUUAAACUCUUUUUCCAUUGAUAUCCAGUCCUUCAUUAGAAUCAUUUGCUAAAAGAUUUCAUUUGUUGCAUAUAUUAACUUUUGUUCUUAGACAAGUCAUCCUCGUGUGCGUGGAAGAUUUUCAUACCCCAUUUUCGUGGAGCUUAUCUGAUGAAGUUUUAAUGAAGGGAACACAGCGUAUAUUGAAUUGGAGUAAAUUUUGAUCGUUGCAAUUAAGAAAUGGCUGGAAGGUACAAAUUCCCGGUUGAUCAAAAGGACAUAGUAAAGUUCUUGAUAGCAACUGUGGGAAGUUCCAUUCAAGAUAGGUUGAUUAACAAGGAAGAAAGGAUUCAACACAAGGAACAAUGUGCAGAGAGGUUAGCAUCUGAAGAAGGGGAUGGCGAUAAAGAGUCAGAAGUACAGUACUCUGAACAGGCAGUUUUAGCGAAUUUGGAUUGGGGUAUCGAUGCACUAGAAGAAGCGAUUGAUACGUCUAAUGUUGAAACUAAACUUGCACGAUUAGACCAUGCUGAGAAAAUGUUGCAGGUUUGUGCAAUGUUGAACUCAAGGAAGAAAACUGCUGGAGUCCCGAAUUUCUAUCUUUCGGCUUGGGCACACCUUAACCUUGCUUUUCUUUGGAAAAUGCGGAACAAUGUUCAUAAUUCUGUUCUUCAUAUUCUAGAGAUGUUUUCUGUUGACCCGUUUUUUUCACGGAUUGAUUUUGCUCCUGAGCUAUGGAAAAUUUUGUUUCUACCACAUAUGAGUUCUACUCUUGGGUGGUACUCGGAGGCAAGGCACAAGCUUGUUAUGGAGUUAAUUCCUGAUUCCGCUGAUUUGUCGUUCACUGCGGACUUUGAUCAGUUUUUUAAUGAAUCCUUGAUUUUAACAAUGAGACCUGAUCAAGCUGAGAAACUGCAAAAGCUGGAGCAGCUGUACGGGCAUGCAUUGGAUGAGAAUACCAGGCUUUAUGCGAAGUACUAUAAAGAUUGUCUGAACUAUGAUCCUCUAACAAGCAAGAAGGCCGUUCCCAUGCUUCCAAUUGCAGAACCUCCAAUGACACCUUUGCAUGAAGUGAGUUCUUCGAUUCCAGAUUAUGUGAAAUUUGGUCCUAUCUUUCCCCCACAUGCUGGUUUUGCUCCAUAUCUUAAAGAUAGGGAGAAUGAAAGAAAUAGCAGAUUGAACAAAUCUUCAAGUUCUACACCAAGAUUAGACAUUUCGCUAAAACCGCUUCCUAAAGGAGGCUCGUGUGAGGAAAAUGAAGAUGAUUAUGACUCCUCAUACAGUGACAUAGAUACAGAUACUGAAGCUAAACCUUGCAUUGUAACGGAUAAUAUGAGAAUGAAUGAGAAUGCAAGUAACAGGUCACAAAUAGAACCAAUGGCUUUGAAAAAUCUUGCAAAUUCUCCCUCGGCUACCUCUCCAAUUACUUCUCCCAAGAGCCCAAAGGUUUUAUCUCCAACGACAGAUAUACGUGGUAAACGAGUUCCUGAAGCCAUCUUGCGUCUUUCAUCUAGUCGCUUCAGUGAUCCAAGCAAUUCAAAAUCCUUGCCCACAUCACCAAACCUAUGCAAUGAUUCCGGCAUCAAUGUAGCAGGCUUUGACGGUGAAAUGAUUACACAUAACAGUAAGAACUUGAGUUGCCGACGUAACCUCAUUUUUGGAGAUAUAAUAACUUCGCCAUCUCAUAAUUGUUAUCUUGAUGAAACUGAAGACGGAAACCAAAGUUGCCACUCUGCUGCACCAUCAUCCGGAAAGUUGACUCCACAUGGGAGACCGCCAAAGGACUUCAUAUGUUCAAUUACAGGCCAGCUUCUAGGUGAUCCAGUGACACUUGAAACUGGUCAAACAUAUGAAAGAAGAGCAAUUCAAGAAUGGUUGAAAAGAGGAAACACUACAUGCCCCAUCACACGCCAACCUCUCUCAGCAACCUUACUGCCCAAAACGAACUAUGUGUUGAAGAGAUUAAUCACUUCUUGGAAAGAACAGUAUCCUGAUCUAGCCCAAGAAUUUUCAUACUCGGAAACACCCCGAACCCCAACAAGCAACCAAUCUUCAAGAGAACUUCCAUCGGUAACCACUCACUUAACAGAAUCUAGCCUUCCAAACCCUCUCUUUGCAGAUAAUCAUGUCAACAAAAAGAGCAACCGGUUUAUGCGUGCUGCAGUUUCUACAUCACCCACUAGUGUCAUUUCACAAGUUGCUUCUGAGAUUAUUAUAAACGGGCUAAAGCCUUUCACUUCGUGUCUAUGCACUUCAGAGAAUUUAGAAGACUGUGAAGCAGCUGUGUUGAAGAUAGGGAAUAUAUGGAAAGACUCAAAAAAUGAUCCAGGAGUCCAGUCUUAUCUAUCGAAACCUACGAUAGUAAACGGCUUUGUGGAAAUUCUUUCAGCUUCAGUCAACAGAGAAGUUCUUCGAACAUCUAUUUAUGUUCUAUCUGAGCUUGCUUUUGUGGAUGAAACCGUUGGCGAGACUCUUAAAAGCGUGGAUUCUGAUAUUGAUUGUUUAGCUGCUCUUCUUAAAAAUGGUUUAGCUGAGGCUGCCGUUCUUAUUUUCCAACUGAGACCAACAUAUGCUCAGCUAUUUGUCCAUGACCUGAUACCAUCCCUUGUCCAAGUAGUCUCAAGCAGAAACGAAGAUUCAGAUGAUUUUCAAUUAGGAAUGGACCCCAAGGAUGCUUCAAUUGGCAUGCUUGAUCAAAUACUCAGUGGAGGAGAUGAAAACAGCAAGUCAAUCAGUGCAUCAACUGUUAUUUCAGCAAAUGGUCUUCCUUCUUUGCUCAGGUGCUCAGAUAGAACAGAAGGGAGACAAUCUGUCGUGUCUAUACUUCUAAGUUGCAUGCGAGCGGACAGAAGUUGUAGAAACUUGAUAGCUAGUAGAGCUGAGUUGGCUCAUGUUCUUGAACUGUUUCAUGCUGGCAAUGACAAUGUAAAAGGCACAUGUAUCGAGUUUUUACAUGAGUUGGUCUGCCUGAACAGGAGGACAUUCUGCAACCAAAUUUUGCAGAUUAUUAAAGGCGAAGGAAGCUUUAGUACCAUGCACACCUUUCUUGUGUACCUACAGAUGGCUCAAAUGGAGCAACAACCUGCCAUUGCCAGUCUUCUACUCCAACUUGAUCUCCUGGUUGAACCUCGGAAGAUGAGUAUUUUUAGAGAAGAAGCUAUAGAAGCACUCAUUGAAGCACUUCGCAGAAAAGAUUUCCCUUCAUCUCAAGUCAUGGCUCUGGAUGCAUUGCUAUCGCUUUCUGGACGUUUGUCUACUACUGGGAUAUCUCUUACCGAAGCCUGGUUACUCAAAACCGCAGGCUUUGAUCAGACUUAUAAUGCUUUAGUGAAAGCGGAAAAAUACAGAGAACAAGAAAAUGAAUCUAUGGAGUUAAUGGCUGAGGAGGAAAAGCUAGCAAGUUCAUGGGAGAAACAUGUAGCUUUUGUUCUUUGCAACCAUGAAAAAGGAUCUAUUUUCAAAGCUCUAGAAGAAUGCAUCAACAGUAACUCUUUGGAGAUGGCAAGAUCAUGCCUUGUAAUUGCAACGUGGCUCAUCCACGCAGUUAGUAAUCUUCCUGAUACUGGAGUUAGAGAUAUUGCACGAAAAUGCUUACUUCAUCCAUUUAUCAACGUCCUUCAAUCAUCAAGAAACCUUGAAGAGAAGAUUCUCUCCGCCUUGGCUUUGAAAUGCUUCAUCAAUAAUCAGGAUGCCCUUAAAGAACUUGGAGUGUAUGCCAAAAGCAUUUGCAAAUCCUUGAGAAAGCUCAAGAGUAGUUCGAUAGUGGUCAAAGAUAUACUUAAAGCACUAAUGAACCUGCCAUCCGUUAAUGCAAAAGAUUUAUGGUCUUGUAUUGAAGCGGGCGAGUUAGAGUCAAGUGCCAAUGGGGAAGUUCUUUCCUUGGUUCAUCUAAAAGGUCGGAUGUUUAGCAGCCAUUCUGAUGGAACUAUAAAGGUUUGGGAAGCUGGGAAAAGUGCAUUAAGGUUGAUUCAAGAAGUUCGUGAGCAUACAAAAGCAGUCACAUGCUUGGUCAUUCCAUCAUCAGGUGACAAGCUCUACAGUGGGUCACUUGACAAAACAAUUCGAGUAUGGACAAUCAAUUCAGAAGAAAUUCAUUGUAUUGAGGUUCACGAUGUGAAAGAAGUAGUAAUUGGGUUGGCAGCUAAUGCUAGGUUUGCUUGUUUUGCUUCCCAAGCAACCGGCGUCAAGGUAUAUAACUGGAGUGGAACUCCAAAACAAAUUAACUUCAACAAAAAUGUCAAGUGCCUCCUCAUUAGUAACAGUAAACUGUACUGUGGAUCUACUAAUUACAGCAUUCAGGAAGUGGAUUUGAGCAAAGGCACGUCAGGCACAUUUUUUUCUGGGACUAAAAAGCUCUUGGGGAAACAGGCCAUACAUGCCCUUUAUAUACAUGGUGAUCUCCUCUUUGCUGGUGGCUCUUCAGUUGAUGGCACAGUCGCUAAGGUGUUCUCCCUCGCGACAAAGGAAGUUAUUACAACCUUACCGACAGGAUCAGACAUCCACUGCAUAACUGUCAACAAUGAUUUUGUAUUUAUGGGAACUAAAAGUGGAAUUACCGAUGUCUAUUUAAGAGAACGACUUGUUAGAGUUGCUUCCAUUAAAACAAAGGGUGGAAGAGAAGGCUCAAAAAUCACAAGUUUGGCAUCAGAUUCUGAUGGAGAAAUGCUUUAUGCAGGUUCCUCCAAUGGCAAGAUUCAGGCUUGGAAACUGGACUAAGAGAUUUACAAAAAAAAAUGGUGUAGGUUGAGACAGCAAGAGGGCAAAUUGGAAUUGGUCAGUUCAGGUUCAUGCUUGUUCACUGCUAGUCUUGACCUGAACUUUGUAUUAUUAUUAAAUACAUAAUCAAACAUAUAAACAUGAUAUUAUAGUAAAGUAAGUAAUGUAUUAAUGCUAGGUUAUGUAACUCGUCAAUCAGUUUAACUGACUUGAUCAAACAUAUAAACAUGAAUAUAAUUCAGAAUCCUCCCCAAAAAAAAUGCCCAGGGGGUAUUUAAGUUUCA